AUGGCCUCGUACGCAUCGCAAACGAAGACAAUGAUCCAAUCAAUAUCUAAGACUCCUUCCACAACCCUCGGUCUCUCUACGAAACGCGACUCCGAGUCCAAACCACAACUCCCCACGAAGCGCAAACGAGAUCAGAUCUGCGGACUGGGAACAUUCAACAAGCCAUUCGUGAUCAAGCCAUGUCCGGACGCUCCGUACGAAACACCAUAUACCUUCAAACCGGUCCGGAUCAUCGGUCGGUCACAACUCCCUCUCACCUUUCUCGACACCACUCCCAAUUCCGCCUCUCCUGCCCGAUUGUUCGCCGCACACAUCGAUGUCCUCGAGAAACACCAUGAUUCUCAGCAACAGGACAAUGCGCCACCAAAGCUGCUCAUCGCACGCCAUGAGGCUAACAGGGCGUUGUAUGCCGUCGAGCGCGUUCAAUCGCGCGUGUACAGCUUGUGCAAGCUUGCAAGCUGGCUGAAAGAAAAGGAUGUAGGGGACUUGUGGGAUCCCUCUAACCUAAUGCAAUACCCGAGGUUUCCCAAGGUUGAACUGAGCGAGUCAAGUGGGACACAUUGGUGGCAGCAGGCUGCUGUGACGGCUGAGCCGGAAGAGGGGCCCAUGAAGCGAACAAAGAUCGCUAUGCUUCGGCCAAAAUCCGUCCAAAUAGAGCCAAAUUCAGCAGACAUAAAUGGAGCGGCCAGAGAGUGUGACAGAGUCGACUCGGUUGUGCCGGAUCAACCUGAAGGUGUACUAGUGGAGGCCCCGUCCCCACAACAACAACUCGAAACCCUCGUGCAGCAGUAUCUGGACGCUUUAUAUAUGUCUAAGACAUCUCUGGCCUACUUUGCUAAAGGACCUAUUGCUCGGAUUCGUGCGGCAUUCUCCUCCUCUGAAGAGGGAGCCCCACCGACUUACGAGCUGGUUGCUUUCCUGAAAUCCAUGCUCAUAAGCCAUAAAGCUUGUGAGAAGAAGUACCGUGAAAAGCUUCCGGAUAUCAUCAAAUCUAUACCCCCAGGAGCUUUUUCUGAUGACGACCUACUGGAUGGUCCCGCAAAGCCCAAGAAAUCCAGGAAGAAGGCCAAGAUCAGCAGGGAUGGAGUGUAUCCCCAGGAAGGCGAUAUGAUAAAGAGAUGGUGGAUAAGCGGGAUGCCAGGUCCAGAAAUAUACGGUGAGGAGACUAUUGACCAACAAAUCAAGAGACGAGUUGGAGACAUUCGUAUACGUGAGACGUUGACGCAGAUGAUUUUGAUGCUUGAAAUCAUAGCGCUGGAGGCCCUGUCGACUUACAAGCCACAGCUUGAAGAAGAAACGAAGGAGAUCCAGACACAGAGAGAGACUCAAGAGAAGCCGAAGAAACGUAAGAAGAAACUCGACGACAUCAAUCUGCGCCUCGACUUGCUGCUGGAUAAACUCUGUAUCUGGCAGUCUGUCGAUCAGGACGAACUCAUCGACUUUGAUGCGAAAUCAUCCAAAAAGGAAGGUGGUGGCGACAGACUACAGAGCUUCUGUAUAGAGGUUAUCAUCCCCUUUUACAUGAACAGACUCCCAGAACAGGCCAUGAUGAUUAACAAGAAGCUCGGCGGACCUGUACAUGGAUCCCCUCCUAAACGAAAGGCAAUGAAGCCUCCGACAGCAUCGCGUAAGUCUGGGGAGCCGAAGGAGCCUGAUGCGAAGAAGUCGCGCCGUACCUUAGGCCGAGUCGCAUCCGACAGGACCUCGCAAGCUGCUCAGCGGCGCCCAACACCAUCUCUGAGUCGUUCCAGUACAGACUCCGGCUUGCUCAAUGGCAUCAAGCGAGAAGCGAGUGAAGUGCCAUUGUCUGCGAUUCCCUUCAGCCGUAGUCCCUCAGCAGCCGUGAGACAAUCCAUGUCGCAAUUCAAGCAUCUCAAAGGACGGGAAAUCGACUUGAGCACAUCAGCUGCGGCAGCAGCGAAGCUGAAACAGAAGAGGAGAGUCGAGGAAGAUCUCAAAGAGGCUAUCACAGCCCUAAAGAAGCCCAAUCGAGGACUCGCGGCCGGAAGCUACGCUGACGAAGUCGAGCGAAGAGGUUUCGGUGUUCCCACAAAAUCCAAAAAACCAGCCAACCCUGUCCGGAAAGUAACGAAAGAUGUUCAAGUCUCUGCGACACCACGAACCGUUAGGAGGACCAAGGACGUCGACGAGUGGACUCCAAUUCGCCAUCACAAUCCAUUUGGUCGAGACAGUAAAAGCGACACGCCUGCUUCAAGCAACUUCUAUGUCCCAUCAUCAGCCGUGCGUCCAACGUCCUCGAUCGUGGCUGGAGCUGUUCCACGUAGUAUAACGGCACAGGACAUGGCUGCAUCGAGUAUCACCGAAACACCAUCGAAGGCAUCGACGAACAAGUCGAUGAUGUCCUCAGGGCCAGCACGCAGAAUGAUAUUUGCCACACCUGUGAACGCUACUGAUAAAAAUUCCGCGUCUCCAUCCAAGAUCUCCUCUCCACCAACGGCCAUAUUUGCCACACCGACUAAGGAGAAUGCAGUAGUUGCUGAUUCUCCUCUACCACCCCAUCUACCUACCUUCUCGACGCCUGUGAAGAGUCAGGAGGAGAAUAUUUAUGACGCCUUGGGCUGGGACGAUGAUGACUUUCUUUGAGUUGGGAGCUGGGAAUGGAAGCUUUUGUUUUACUGCAUAGCGAGGUUGCAUGAACGAGUACAGGAGCUGGUGUUUUGUAAAUGCAUUUUGACGGCGUACCAGGGCAGGCACACCAUGAAGAGGACUUUUGCAUGAGAGCUCGAGAUUGUUGGUAAUUGCGACGGCGG